UGCUCUUGUUAGCCCCACCAUGAUCAGAGACCAACUUCUGCCAAAAAUAGAUGAAUUCAUGAGAUCCCACCUAUGCAAUUGGGAUAACAAAGUCAUUGACAUUCAAGAAAAAACCAAAGAGAUGGCAUUCCUAUCAUCUCUCAAGCAAAUUGCUGGUAUAGAAUCUGGAUCAAUAACUCAGACAUUCAUGAGUGAAUUCUUUAAGCUUGUAUUAGGAACCCUUUCACUGCCUAUCAACCUUCCUAGCACAAAUUAUAAUAGGGGGUGUCAGGCAAGGAAGAACAUUAUCAGCAUGUUGAGACAACUUAUUGAGGAGAGAAGAGCUUCCAAAGAAAUCCAACAUGACAUGCUUGGUUUACUAUUGAAUGGUGAUGAAAAUAGACAUAAACUAACUGAUGAACAGAUAAUGGACCAAAUCAUAACAAUUUUGUAUUCUGGGUAUGAGACUGUUUCAACUACUUCAAUGAUGGCUGUCAAGUAUCUUUGUGAUCAUCCAAGAGUUCUUGAAGAACUCAGAAAUGAACACUUGGCAAUUAGAGAAAGGAAAAGGCCAGAGGAUCCAAUUGACUGGAAUGACUUCAAAUCUUUGUGUUUCACCCGGGCUGUGAUCAAUGAGACCUCAAGAUUAGCUACAAUUGUUAAUGGUGUCUUGAGAAAAACAACUCAAGAUAUGGAACUGAAUGGAUAUGUUAUUCCCCAAGGAUGGAGGAUAUAUGUGUAUACGAGAGAGAUCAACUAUGAUCCACGUCUAUACCCUGAGCCUUUUUCCUUCAAUCCAUGGAGAUGGCUGGAUAAAAGCUUGGAGACACAGAACUACAAUUUCAUAUUUGGAGGAGGCAGUAGGCAGUGUCCAGGGAAAGAACUGGGAGUAGCAGAAAUUUCUACAUUCCUUCAUUACUUUGUAACUAGAUACAGAUGGGAAGAAGUAGGGGGAGAAAAGCUGAUGAAAUUUCCAAGAGUUGAAGCACCAAAUGGACUGCACCUUAGGGUUUCAACUUACUGACUAACCCCAUGAUUGUACAGAAGACAUAUAACAUAUUAAUAGGAACAUUGAUGUACCAAAAUGUUCUGCUAACACACUAGAAUUUUGAAUGAAAUUGACAAA